GAAAUACAGCCAAGAAGUAAAAGGAGAAGGAGGGAAAAGGGCAAAAAAUCUCUAUAUGGCACGGAUAUUAGCCAUAGACCCCUCAGGAACUAGCAUUAGUGGCUUAUUUUACCUUGAAAACUGGAAUAAUUACGAAAUCAGUUCUAUUUCGGCUAAAAAUUGGCUAGAACAAGCCGAAAAGAUAGAAAAUUACCUGAAAAAUAAACAAGUAGAAAUCUUAUUAAUAGAAACUACUAAUCUUUAUAAGAAAUCAGGCUAUACCUAUGAAAUGCCAGCUUUAAUUAAAUUAGUUGGCUUAUUAGAGUAUUUAUCUUUACAAAAUGGAAUAGAAUGCCAUUUGAUUAGUAAUCGGUUUAUGCCUCAAUGA